AUGGUAAAUUACUCCAACAUCUCGUCCAAUAGUUCCCUGGAGGAAGACGUGCCUUUAGCGUCAUUUAGCUUUCUAUUCAUUCCUGUUUUCCUUGUGGCUAUCGGCGGUAUUCCAGGAACUUUAUUUAGUAUUCGCUUUUUUAGCAAAAAAGUUGGAACGUCCACUACGGCAACACAUUUGAUAUUGAAUGCUUUAGCUGUAUUUGACUUUCUUACGUUACUUGGUGCCAUUCCAUUAGCUAUAGCGAGUGUUCAACUUUUCGUUAGAUGGAAUCAGGAAGAUUACUUCGCCAUACUUAAUGCCAUAACAAGACUUCCAAGACAUUAUUCCAAUUUGAUGCUGCUCUUCAUCAGUAUCGAGAGAAUCGUUAGUGUUGCAUGGCCACACAAGAUGAAAGAUAUUUUCACCAAAAGAGUUGGAAUGAUAUACAUCAUCGUUAUCGCCAUCAUCGCUCCACCGACUCUCGUCCCAUUUGCCAUGGAACCCAAGUUCGUGCUUUUAAACAAGAGGACUGAAGAUGAUGUUCAAUAUCUAAUGCAGUUACCACAAACAUUUGUUGACCAGAAAGUAUAUGAUGUACUUUAUGAAAGUGCCGUGUUUGUUUAUUUCGCUCUGCCUAUUGGUGGUGUACUUGUUUGUAAUUUGACACUAGUUAUUUUGUUGUUACGGAGGUUUCGUUCUAGACACAAUUCUACUGGAACACUGACUCCAGCACAGUCUAGAGAAUUGAGGACAACAAAGCUUGUCAUGGCUGUUACGGCGAUAUUCCUGCUUUGUGUAUUCCCACUCGUUGUCAUUUUACCAAUCACGUCAAUCAAAGGAAACUUGAUGCCUGUGAAAAAUAUGAUGCUGAUAAUUUCUUGUUCUCAACUGCUGGAGAACAUAAGCUACUCUAUGAAUGCUGUGGUAUAUUAUAUUGGAAACAAACGUUUCCGAGAAGAAGUAAGCGAGAUGUGCAGACACUUCAGAAAACCUAAAAUGACCACGGUGGAACCGGUCACAGGUCGUGUACCUGCUACGAAUCCAUGA